GUAGGAUGUAGAUGGUCGGAUGGGCAUGGUGGAGUGUAUUCUGUCAGAGAACAAGGAGAAGUGGCUCGAUUCUAUGAUUCAAGUAAAGAACAGAGUUAUUGGAAACAACAAACAAAAAGAUGAAAUCAUCCACCAGGGGGUAAUCCCAAGGUUAUUACAAUGGAUCAUUGAUGAAGAUAUUCCAGUUGAACUGCGUACAGAGUCGGCCAUUGUUCUAGGCAGUCUGGCCAAGGGUACCCCAGAAAACAUCAGCUGUCUCGUGGACUCAGGCUGUGUGGCAGUACUACUCAAAGGGUUAUCUAGCAAUAAUAUCAAGUUUAUUGAAGCCUGCUUACGAUGUCUAAGGACCAUAUUUCUUAGUGAGAAUUCUCCAUUAGAUCAAAUUUAUCAGGAUCCCACAGUAGUUCCACAUCUCAUCAACAUUCUGUCCAAGUCCCUGUGUACUCAGGAGUGUAUCACUACUAUAUUCAGCAACUGCUGUAAGGUAAGGGUUGUCACUCUGUUGUUUGUUCUUGACACAAAUUGCCUUCCACAUCAUUAGCCUGUUUUCUAUUGGCUUUCGUACUU